AUGACAACGGGGUCUAUCUUCCGGUAUGAGGCUGAAUUGCAUGCACAUAACUCCCGUAGUGCUGUAUAUCCCUUACUGAUACGACUACAGCCCUCGCCCACCGAGACGAAGAGCUACUGGCAGAGGCCAUCGUCUCGAAAAGCCAGCCGGAACCUCGUUGAUGAAAAUGAGCCCUUCUCAAUAUCGCGGGAGUCGUUUGAUUCAUAUCGUCGUUCAUUUGACAUAUCCGCUCGGUCUCCCGUGAGCCAGCAUUCGGACAUUGCUGCGUCUCGCACCUCACUGGACUCCCGCCUGUCCCGGACCACCUGUCCCCGUACAUCAACAAACGGCAAUUCCCUCGAACCCCCCACAGACAGCAACGGCGUGGACGACGUAGAAGAUCCGUUCGAAGACGUCUCCCUAGCUGAUGAUUCCAAGCCGAAGAAACGAGGGCUGUUCUCUCGCUUUGGUGACUCGCCUGCGUCCCAGCAGACACCCGGAAAGCAUAGCUUCCACUUCCCCGGUAGACGACGGGAUCAAAGGGGUCACAUUUCCUUCCGGCCUGCUACAUAUCUGCCUUUCCCAGCUGCCGAACUGCGCUCCCCCUUUACUGCUCUCCAGGCGUUCUGGCUUCUUCCUCCCUUUUUGUUUGCUUCUUCCUUUUCUUCUUUUCUUCUUUUCUUCUUUCUUCCUUUGCUGCAUUUUUUUGGGAAAGUCGCAAAGAUGGAGAUGUACAUAUCACAAGAAGAAGAUAUUAUUGAGAUUCACUUGAAGGAGCUCAUUUUUUUGGAAGUGGUUUCUGCGGCUGGAAUAUACACGAUGGCGGGGGUAAAGCGCAGGACCGAUGCUACGGAGGCCUCCCUCAGCAAAAGGACCAAGUCGAAGUCGUCCGCGAAGCCGGUCGAAGUGAAGGGCAAGUCCAAGUCCAAGGCCGCAAAGGUGGUGGAGUUGGACAGCGAUGAGGAUAUGCUAGAUGACGACGACGACGACGAUGAUGAUGAUGAGGAGGAGGACGACUACGAGGACGGAGAUGAAGUGGAUGAAAAAAUGGAGGAGGAGGAAUUGAGCAAUGAGUCUGAGAAAGACGCCGCAAAGGGCAACGGCAAUGCCAAUGGCAAUGCAGAAAACAAAACAAGCACGUCUAGAGAGUCCCAUGCAAAGCAAAAGGCUCUUGCACAAGAGCGCAAAGCCGCCCGGCCCAAUGCCGAUGCCAUUGCGCGCACAAAGAAGAUCUGGGAAAGACUACGGCGGAAGUCCCAUGUGCCUCGCGAAGAGCGCAAGAAGCUGGUUGCCGAGCUAUACGGCAUUAUAACAGGCCGAGUAAAGGACUUUGUUUUCAAGCACGACUCAGUCCGAGUUAUCCAGACCGCGCUCAAGUAUGCGAACCUGGAGCAGCGGAAGAACAUUGCCGUCGAGCUGAAGGGCGACUACCGGAGUUUGGCAGAGAGCAAGUACGCAAAGUUCUUGCUUGGAAAGUUGCUUGUACAUGGGGAUGCUGAAAUCCGGGACCUGAUCAUACCAGAGUUCUUCGGCCAUGUGAAGAGGCUUAUCCGGCAUCCAGAGGCCUCGUGGAUCUUGGACGAUAUCUACCGAACCGUGGCCACACCGGUGCAGAAGCACAAGCUGCUUCGAGAAUGGUACGGGAUGGAGUUUACGCUUAUGAAAGACGAGAUUAGCGAUGAGACGCCGUCGCUGCCUGAAAUCCUGGAGAAGAGCCCCGAGAAGCGUGCGCCCAUCCUACAGCACCUCCAUGGGAUGAUAAACCAGCUUAUCCAAAAGAAGACCACGGGCUUCACCAUGUUGCAUGAUGCAAUGCUGCAGUACUUCCUCAGCACGAAGCCCGGCAGCGAGGAAGCAACCGAGUUCAUCGAGCUGCUCAAGGGAGACGAAGAAGGGGACCUAGCAAAGAAUCUGGCAUUUACCAAGUCUGGUGCCAGGCUGAUGUGUCUGGCGCUCGCGUACUCGAAUGCCAAAGAUCGUAAGCUGCUGCUGCGAAUGUACCGUGAUACAGUGAAGCUGAUGUCUGGAGACGUCCACGGCCACACUGUGCUCCUGGUCGCGUACGAGGUUGUGGAUGAUACCAAGUUGACUCAGAAGCUGCUGCUGUCCGAACUGCUUACCCAGGACGACCUGGUGCCGCGGGCCAACGAUCAGCUGGCUCGCAUCCCCAUACUCUAUUCGUUUGCCGGCAAGAAGAACGGGUGGCUGAUUACCGAUACAGACCGCCAGAUCCUCGAUGAAGUGUGCGAGAUACGAUCACAGACAUCCAAGAAGGAUCCCGAGAUCCGUCAACGAGAGCUCGUCAGCGCGGCCUCUCCGGCUCUGCUCGAAUGCAUUACCAACAACGCUGCUGCCCUGGCCGAGACCAGCUUUGGAGCCCGAUUCAUCACCGAGGUCCUUUUCGACAGCACCGGUGACAAAACAGCUGCUCUCGAGGCUGUGGCGGGCCUGGCAGAGGCAGAGGCAGCAGGAGAUGUCCUCAAGUCUCCCAACGCGGGUCGAAUGCUCAAGGCCCUCGUCCAGGGAGGGCGGUUCAACAAUGCUACCAAGAAGGUAGAACCCGUCCAGCCUCCGCUCAACUUUGCAUCCCUUCUCUACAAGCACAUCAAGGACAACGUGCAGUCGUGGGCCACCGAGUGGAAUCCCUUUGUCGUUGUUGCCCUGCUGGAGUCCGAAGAGUUUGACAAGCGAGACGAGCUGGCCGCUACCUUGAAGAAGAGCAAGAAGCGGCUAACGGAGCUGGCCAGCAAGCCCAAGGGAGACGGAGAGGAGAAACGAGACCCUGCCAGCAGCGCUGCAAAGCUGCUCCUUGAUAAAAUCGCCUGA